UCCUCAUCGACCUCAUCCACAACCCAACUAAAACUACUCGCCUCUUACGUACCAAAAGUCCACCCCACCACCUACCCUCUACAAUGACUCCCCCACCCCCCACCUCAAAAGCCUACACCCUCUACACCUACUACCAAUCCACCUGCGCCAACCGCGUCGUAAUCGCACUCCACCACAAAUCCCUCCCCUUCGCGCACCACUACAUCGACCUGCGCGCGGCCGAGCACGAGACCGCCGCCUUCGCCGCCCUCAACCCCAGCCGCAGCCUGCCCGUACUAGUCAUCACCGACGCGACAACAGGCACCGAGACGAUCCUCACGCAAUCCGUGGCCAUCCUCGAAUACCUCGAAGAAGCGCACCCGGACCGACCCGCGCUCCUGCCACCGCUCGACGCAGCGCCGCUCCACCGCGCCCGCGUCCGCGAGCUCGUCAACCUCAUCACCAACGACAUCCAGCCGCUCUCGAACGGGCGGAUCGCGCGCCGCGUGCGGCAGAUCCGCGACGAGGUGCAGGAUCAGUUGAGCUUUGUGCAGGAGGUGAACCUCGCCGGGUUGACGGCGUACGAGCGGUUGUUGGAGCGGUACGGCGCGGACAGCACGUACUCCGUCGGCGACGCGGUGACCCUCGCGGAUGUCUGUUUGGUGCCGGCGGUGGAGAUGGCGGUGGCGUAUCGCACGGAUUUGACUGCCUUGGUCAGGGUCCGGGCCGUCGUGGAGAGGUUGAAGGCUUUGGAGGCGUUUCGCAGGGGCGAUUGGAGGAGGCAGGGGGAUACGCCGGGUGAGGUUAGAGUUGAGUAGGUUGUCACUGAACUGAGUUUGAAGUGUGUGGUAUACUAUAGGUUAUAGAGCAGCUGGCGGUGGUGGGAGCCGCUGCGUUACGGGAUAUAUAUGUGGCAUGGAAAGCACAGGUGGGAUAAGGCCUUAUAAUACCGGUAACCAUCACUCAAGAAUCUGUAUUGGAUUAAUU